AUGUUCGAUAUACAUUUAUCUUUUGGUCUCGACAGCCGCAACUCGCUUUUGGUGCAGUUACGAGAGUUACUGAACACGCCGCCGAGACCAACGAACGCGCGAUUCGGACGUCCCGAAAGCGAUGCUGCUAUUGCAGCACUGGAAUCUGGCGGAGCGACGUUUACCCAACGCUUGCUUGUUGCUGACUUGCGGCAGAGUGCCUUCGAAAGGAUGCGUGCGGCAAGCCAAAGCGAAGAGAUAGAGGAAAUACCAUCCCACCGCUUUGUCGAUGUUGUGCAUGAACGCUUAGGUGUUCUUCCACUGAGCGCAGUGCUCCUGUAUGGCGAAGAAACUGACACCGCCGAUUACGAGGUUCGAAUAUUGAUCGAGAACGCGAGCAAUGAAGAUAACACUUCGCGCGCUGUUUCUCUUCUUCCAAAUGAAAAUUGGUUUCUCGUACCUCGAGCUGACACCCUUGAUGUGCUUCGAAAGAAUCUGCAUUUCGAGAAAAAAGUUUCCAACGUGACGCAGAAAGCAUUAGGGUACGCGCGGGAGAUCACAACUAUAUUUCCGUUAGUGGAGAAAACCCAUGACCUCGACGACGACACCGUAGCAAUACCUGUAGAAGAGGGGGAUCAAUGCUCUGAAGGAAUCCGCGACGAGGAGGCAAACCUAUCUGACGGUUGUGUCGGACCUUCGCCAUGCGCCAAUUGCAGAGCCGACUGGGCGCGGUAUUUUCUACGUCAAAAUAAAGGCUUUGUGUUUGUUGAUGAAAAAGUACAUGCUAUUUAAUAUCGUUGACAACAACAUCAUCAUCAUCAUGUAAAUAGAUGAUCUUCCUUUUCGUCCAACCAUUGUAAUGAUGAACUCGCUAAGCAACCACUUGUACGUGUUUUUGAGUUCAUUUGAUGAGGACGAUAGUUAGUAUACUUAAACGAACUUCUGCGGCAAUGAAAGAUAAUGAACCUUUCGUAAGGGUCUGGGCUCCGUAAUGAAAUAAUCCAUUAAAUCAUGGUGCUAGCAAAUGCAUCUCAAACGGCUUUAGGGCAUGCAUGGGAGGUGCAAUCGCACACGGUUGCAACUCGAAGAUUCAGGAGCAAAACAAGUGGAAGAUAUUUUUGACCGCUUUCCACGAUCUCGGUCUUUACCGUGCUGACGAAGGCAUUGUGUUGCCUGAUGACAUUUUUUUUGUCUUACAGGACAUUAUGCACUUCCUGCUGCAUCAGUCGAACCAGCGUCCUGACGUAGGCCAGGGCGGCUUCACAAAGCCGAUGACGAUGAGUAAGUUUAAGGUUGCCCGUGGCACGAGGGAGACACAGAGCCAUGAAUCCUCUUGGGAAGGGAAUAGCCGUGCUGGUGUUGUGGCGCGUUCGUCAUGCGUUCAAGGACCAGACGACGCUACGCUUUUGCCCGUUGUGCGGAGCGAGUUUCGCCUCGAAGGCUCGUCGAUGUCUUUUCUGGAGUUCUGCCUACUGCUUGGGAACCAAGGCUACUCACGUGAAGAUGAUUUGAAAGACGUUUUGUUAGCUGCCUUUUGGGAUUGGUCAGUCUACUCAGAUAAAAGGAGGCUGCGCACAGUUCUCAUGGACGUACCGUUUUACAAUCGUUCGAUUAACGUCAUCAGCAGUCUAGUUCCAUUUCAUAUUUUACUUAAGCAGCAUCUCGAGGUUGUAUGCGAUGAACGCGGAGCGUCGGUCGGGCGAGUGAGCGAGCCUCGUCUGGAAGCGAUGAGCUUGCUUCUGCGGGUGCGCGACGUCUAUGGGUUUUCUGCGUUCCAUUAUGCAAUUAUGGCGGAAGACUUGUCUUUGUUUUCCAUGCUGAGUCGGCGCACUGAGAGGUAUUUUCCUCGUGGAAAUAUUGCAGGGGAAUUUGUUGCUGCGGCUUCUGACUCUGAGGAGGCAUCAGCCACGACCCAUGGCUGCGAGUGCGGUAGGGCUCAUGCAGGCUGUGAUGGUGACACUCCACGCACGCACAGGCACAAAAAAGCUGCUUUUGCUGAGCAAACUACCUUUUUUGCGGCCGCGUGCUACGCCGGAAAUUGGUUUGCUGCCGGCGCGAUGGCGACGCACUCUCCCGUCGAACGGCCAGACGAGAGUGAGGUAUCCGAUCCUGACCGCAGUUUGACUGGCGCGAGUACAGCGUGUAGUCACCAGAGUCCCGAGGAUGGCGAAAGCACUUCUUUAGCUCGCCGUAGGCAUUUCAUUUGGCAGAAGGAUUGUCUAGGGCGCACUCCGCUGAUGCUUGCAUGUUGCACACCCGAAAUCUGGUUUGGUGUCUAUGAUGGCUGCGACCAUUAUCGCCGCGGUGGAGUUGCGUGUUUUCUGACCCGAUCGUAUACUGACGAGCAGCUGCAAAUCAAUGAUCGCGACAAUGACGGACAAACCGCCCUGCUCUACGCAGGAAGGAAUUUUUUACAUAAGUCGUUUGCCGCUAUUCUGCGCGAUUGCAAGACUGUGGACGUCGAUGUACAAGAUCCACUUACAGGAAAUACUCCCCUUCUUUGGCUCCUUCAUCGAAAGGUGCCAGAGGGGCUUCCGCGCUGGGACGUAGAGUCGAAUAGCGUAAAGGUGCUUCCUUGGCCCACGUUUUUGGAAAAGAAUUAUGAUCCAGAAUCCUCACGCAAUGAAGAUUUCAGAUGGGCUCUACAAGAAAUAGUGAUGCGCCUGCGGGAACGGAAUGUGGACAUGACAGCCAAGAACCAUGAUGGACAGGACUGGAAAGCAGUCGCGGAGAGGCAUCUGGAUGAGCGGAACCUGGAACGCCUCACAGAACUGAUGGAAAUGCCCUUUGAGGAUUUCUUUGGGAGUAGCGACGACGAUGACGGGUAUGACUAUGGCACGGACUCGACCUCAAAUGAAAACAGCGACGACGAGGGGACUUCAGAUGAUGACGAGAACGCCACCGGGUCAGAGGCUGAGGAGGGUGGUGAAAACGAAGACCGUCAGAGUGGUUCGUCUAAUGAAGACGAAGUUAGUACUAAUGCACCCGAGUCCAGCGAUAAAAAUGGUGAAACCUCGACGGACGAAUAGAAAGAGUAUCACGAUGAAGAUGAGAUCGCCAGCUGUAAAGAUACUGCAGGCCAUGCCAUCUAUUGGCUAUCACACCCUUUCACCACAAGCCAUGUCCCAUGAACUACUGCUCGUAUCUAUGUAUAGCUUUAUAGCGGAUUUUCGCCCAUACCCAUAGAUGUCUUGUGUAUAAUUUUGACAGCCAGAUCGAAAUCCUCGUCAGCUCUUGCGCAGUCAAUUUGUUGGCGGUAAUUGUAGGUAAAAGUAGGCACAUGGAUCAAACACUUACUCUUCAAUCUGUCCCGUAGCCGUACCCGUAACCACAUGCUGUCCCGUAAUCCCCAAAGCCUGGAGGUAUAAUUUUUUCAAGUUUCACGCACCCGCACUUUUUUCUUGGGGAUGAACGCAGGCAACAGGCCGCAGAAGAGAGGCGCGCUCUGGUUAGAAUCAAAUAUACAAUUGGUCGACGUGAUUGUCGCACCUGUACUAAGCAGAAUGUUGAAUGCUGGCAUUUCUUGGAGGCGUAGACCAGCGAGCGCGACCCCAAAAACUAUACCGACCACUAUCAAUUUAUUCCAGCGUGACACGAAGUGUACGCUUGGUUAACCCCGAGUCAUAUGUGUACAUGUAU